AUGGGCUCAAGUGACUUCAGUGGUGCCGAUGUCGGCGAAAGACCCCGGCGCCGAAAGACCAUGGGCACCGUAACCGAACCUUUUGCAUAUUUGUUCUGGUUCUUGGCAGCGAUUUGCAUUCCUCUCGGAGAAACCCAGAUCUGGCAACAGGACCAAGCCGAAGUUCACCAGGACCAAGCCGGGUUUGGCAGCUCCGAAGGCGACAUUCUACGAGACGAGCCAGCAGGUGCCUUUCAUUCACACCUGGAUGUGCUGGCCCAGGCUAUUGGCAUUCUUUACGAGUCGGACAGCCACUGGGAGCACCUGGUGCACUUUGAUCGUGCUCCUGUGCCGGGCGGCGUUUUCGCACGCGCAUGGAGGGAGGUAGGACGCUCUCAGAUUCUGGUGGCCUACAAGGGUGUGUGCACUGAUCCAAAGGUUGAGCAGUGCAAGAUCGAUCUUUGCUUCUUGGGUCAAUAUGCCUGGCUUUGCUUAAGGAACUACGGCUCAGUGUCUGCCAACGUCUCAAGGCUCAUGGGUUUUGACGUGAAGACUUGUUCCAAGUAUCAAGCUCUUCUCAAUUUCACAGAUCAGGCGAUGGCCUUGGUUCAGGACCUGCAAAAGGCAUAUCCCAGGGACCAGUUCAUCCUGACGGGACACUCUCUUGGGGGGCAUGCUGGCGAUCCUCACUGCUGGCGAUCCUCGCGUCACACGUGGAGACGCGGUCGCGUUGGCCUUUGCACCCACACCCUGGCGGAAAGUGGCACAGUUGCAGGGAGAGGCGGGAGGAUGGGCAGACGGCUUGGUGGCGCUUUGUGA